AUGGAUCAAAACAUCUUGUGUACUUACAUGAAUGACUUGUCAAAAGAAAUAAAAGAUAAAGACAUACUUUCUACUAUAAAAUCAAUUAAAAGUUGUUUACUAACAAUAAAACCAUUAUCAGAUACUUUACAACAACUGUUUCAAAUAUUACUUCCUCAAAUCAUUCGUUUUAAGUUGACACCUAAACUUACAAAUGUUUUAUUACCAAUUAUUGAUCCAUUAUUUCUUUCAAAUCAAACUAUGAGAUUAUUCUUAUCUUCUAUUUUCACUUCUUUUCUACCUCAACCAAUUCAAUCAAUUCUUAAUUGUUGUAGAAUAGUUUUUUUAACAUCAAAAUUUCAAAUAGAAAAUACGUAUCACUGUAAAGCUAUUCAUUUUAUUAUUGAUGCUCAUGUUUUAUCUUCAUAUUAUCAAACUAACUCAUCACAAUUUUAUCCUUUACGUCUUGUCCGUGAUUACAUUGCUACAUUAAUUAUUGAAUCACAUUCUCCAUCAGUUACUUCUCCUUUAUUACAAAGUUCUCCAUCAAUUUCUCCAAUACUUGCUCCAUCACCAUCACCAGCAAUAAAUUCUAGUUUAGAUAUAAAUCAACUUAUUUCUUUCUCAUCACCAAAUUCAACUCUGUCUUCAAAUCCUCAUUACUCAAAUACUCCUUCUCUUCAACCUUCAUUUCUUAUCCAACAAAAGUAUCCUUCAAGAAGUCAUACUUCUUGGAGUACUCUAAACAUUUCACCUACACCAGUAAAGAAUGAAAACGAUUCAUUAAAACAAAGUAGACAACAAGCUGUAUUACUUGAACUACUUCAGUGUGCAUCAACUAAUUGGUUUAAUCAACCAUCAUUUUCUAAAACAGAUUUUAAGAAGGAUUAUAUUCUUUUAGAAGAAAAAGGAGGUAAAGGUAAUAUAAAAUGCCAAGAAAUUUCAAUGGAAAUGAUACACUCUCUUCUAUCUGUAUGUCUUCCCAAUGUAUUAAAUAACGCUAUUAGACAUCAAUUACUUCAGAUGUUUUCAACCACUUGUUUUAUUGGAGGGAGUAUUAGUGGUCUUGCUGUUCAAAUAUUAAAUCAAUUAAUUAUUCGACAUGGAAGUCAUAUGAAGAGUGAAUGUAGAACAAUUAUUAACAAUUAUAUUAAUGAAACAAAUAAUCCAAACAAUAGUAUCGUUGCAAUUAAAUCAUUAGUAUCAUUAUCAUCUUCAAGUAAUGCAAUGUAUUGUAUUUAUACAAUCUUUGACAGAGAUUCUUUAGGGGGUUCAGUAUUUAAAUCAAUUGUUAAUUGUUUUCUUAAUGGAUUUAAAAAUGAUAUCAUUAAAAAGUAUUGUUCUCAAGGUAUCGUUCAAUGUAUCCGUUCAUUUGCACCUUCCCCACCUUUAGAAGUACAACCAUCAGUAUUAUUAUCUUCAGCUAAAAUGAUAGAAGAAGCAAUUAAAGAAAAAUGUCCAACACAAAAACCAUUAGUAGUUGGUAAUUAUUUACAUAAAGAUUCCACAUUAGAUAAGAAUGGAAUUGGAUAUUAUUUAACAAGACAUGAAGAUGCACUAAAUGGCUAUUUUUCUAUUCUUGAUCUUUCUCGAUAUGAUUUUUAUGAUGCAUUAUCUAUUUCAUUGAAUGGAUUUAUAUUACCAAAUGAUAAUAAAUCAACAACUGAAUUUAUUAAAGCAUUUACUGAAAUAUAUCAUGUUACAACAAGUUAUUCGUUUGAUACAGUAAAAAAAUUAUGUAUGUUACUUCUUCAAUUUUCAAGGGAUAUUUCUGACACUCCUAUAAUUUCUAAUUUUCAAAAAUUUAAGGAACUUUCAAUAAAAAUGAAUAUCAAAGUACCAACAACAGAUUUAAUGCAAUUAUAUGAUCAAUUAGAAGAAACUCCGUUGUUUAAAGAAAAUACACAACCACCAACUGAAGAUCAAUUUGAUAUGUUUCAUAGAUGUUUUUCUUUAAUUCUCUCAGCUUUACAACAAUUAUUUAUUAAUGAAUUAGAUCCAUUUUCUUCAGCACAUGCUUUACUUUAUUUCUCAUCGUUAUGCAAAGAAAAAGAAGAAUUAAAUCAAUUGCUAUCAUUAGUAUCUAAUUGGCCUUUACAAAAAUCUAUAUCUAGUAAUUAUCAAUCAACAUCAUUAAAAUUACUUCUACAAUUUUGUUAUUCUUAUGGAAGUUCAUUUAAUGAAGCAUGGCAAUAUCCAAUUAAAUUAUUUGUUCAUUUAAUAAAUAUUCAAACUGAUCGUAUUACUUCUAUUCCAAAACACUUUCGAUUUAAUAGAUAUAUUCCAUACAAAACAUUUGAUUUAACUAAUACAACUUCUUAUCAGUCAAUUGUUUGUCCUGACGAUAAGUUAUUCUCAGCAGUAAUUCAUGGAACUUCAUUAUCACCAUCUGGGUUAUUAUCAUAUAUUAAUCAAUUGUUAAAAGUGGCAUUUGAAAUGACAAAUUCACAAACACCAUCCAUCUCUUUAUUAAAUAUGUUACUUUCAGUUAUUCAUUUUAAUAUUUAUCGUAUAUUUUAUAUUUAUAAUUCAUUAUCAACAACUUUAUUUCCAAUAUUAAAUAGUAUAUCACUUCAUCCACAAUCAAAAGUUGCUCAAGUUGCAUUGGAAAUACUUAAUUCAAUUUAUGAUUUAUUAAUACAAAGAGAAGAAUUAGAAAAUUUCAAUAUUACAGAAACAUAUUAUGAAAUGUUAUUAAUUACCAUUAGUGAUUCUCCUCUUUUAUCUGUUCGACAAUUAGUUCUUUCAUAUGUAAAAAAAUGUUCUGAUUGGAAACAUAUUUUUCAGAUAAUAUCAACAGCAGCCGAAGAUAUAGAAAUGACUAUUGUUAAUAAAGGAUUUGAGAAAUUAGUUGAAUAUGAAGAAUAUAAAGAUAAAUAUUUUGAUUCAUAUUUUCCAUAUUAUAUAAAUGCUUUAUCUAAAUUUUCUAUAUGUCCAAAUGAUAAAGCAGCUAAUUACGCAGUUGAAAAAUUAGCAAAUAUUGCUGAAAAUGUUAAAGAACUUAAGGUAUUAAAUAAUGAUGUAAUUAAUAUUUGGAUGCCAUGCAUUAAAGCACUUGCUAAAUCAAUGCUCAAUACAAACGUUGAAAUAUCAACAAAAGUUAUACAAAUUAUUUAUGAAAAAUUACUUACACAACCUACAUUAACUGAUGAUAUCAAAAUAAGAGCAUUACAAAUUAUUAUGAGUUCUACACUAAGUAUUGAUGAAACAUCAAAAGAUUGGGUAGCUAUCAUUGGGAUAUCGAUUGCAUUUAGAUCAUUAGAAACAUCAAAAUUAUAUCCAUUAUUAUUACCUGACGUUAUUAAUUUAAUAACACUUUUAAUUUUAACGACAAAUGAAGCUCUUCAAAAAACUGGUCUUUUUAUUUUAAAUGAAAUUAUUCCAAAACUUGUUUCUGAACCUUCAUUAUUUGUUAUUCAUUUUACUGAUUUAGUAGAAUAUUUCUAUGACCAAAUUACAACCUCAUUAUUAUCAAUAACAAAUAUCACUCCAUCUUUUACUGAUCCUAUUCAACCACCAAUAUUAUCAAUAUGUUCUCAAUGUAAUAAAUCAUUACCUGCUUGUGAAAUGAUUCAAUGUGCUCUUUGUGGAAUUCCAAUAUGUUCAGCUCAAUGUUUAAAAAUACAUUCACAACAACCACAUAAUUUUACUGCACACCAAAUUAUUAGACAUAUGUAUAUUCCAAAACAAAACGAUUUAACCAAAUCACUUUCAGCGCUAAAUGAAAUAUUAUCAAUUACAAAAAGUAAUAUUGAAAAAUGCCCAACUCUUCUUAUUCCUUUAUUAUAUCAACAUAUUGAAAGAUAUUUAUCACUAAGACUUCUUUUAACUUCACCAAAAAAACAAAUAGAUAAUAUUUUAAAAUCAUUUGCAACAAUAUGUAUUUCACUUAUUAUUAAAUCAGAACAUUAUUCUCCUUUUAUAUUAAAAUUAUUUGAAUUUAAAAAUAUUGAUAUUAUUAAAAUUUUAUUAUAUCAUUUAAAAAAUAGUAAUAAUCCAAAAAUAUUUAUUACUAAUCAAAAUAUUCAACUUGUAUUAUGCGAAUUAAUUAACAUUGACGAUAUGGAAAUUCGUAAAGACGUUAAACAAAUAUUAGCUAUUUUAUAA